AUGGUAUCAACACGCUAACCGGAACUUUCCCUCUCCACACUGAAUGGACGGAAGUAUAUUUUCGACGGACAAGCAUGGCAACCAAAGGCGCAUCGCGGCAGGUUCUCCGCGUGAUUGUGAGAAAUAUCGCCGCCUCUUCUCUGCUCAGUCCUCUUCAGGUGGGGAGAUGCUUCCUCCUUUCCCAGCCCAGGUUGCUCUGCUCCUCCAGCAACCAGACCUCUAUGCAGUCAGCAGGACACAUCUCUAAAGUCAGUCAUGGAUCUAAUAAGCCAGUCACAGAGCUAUCCCUGCAGACUUUAGUGGAUAUGGGUUUCACAGAACCACAGGCAGAACAGCUACAUGAUGCUGUGUCCACAGUCAGGGGAGGAAGUGCUGCCAAACAUGCUCUGUCAACUCUCACAGCUCUGUUCGUUUUGGGCUACAACACUUCCAGUGUGCAGAAACUGCUGCUGAAAUGUCCUGAACUGUGCACUGUCCAGGAGCCGCAGCUUCAGCAGCGGAUAAGCAACCUGCGAAAACUAGGUUUAGUGGAAGGCAGUCUUCAGAGAGUUGUGGCCCAUUACCCCCAGAUCCUGACUGUGCCUGUGAAGAAAGUCAAUUAUGUGGUGCUGUUUCUCAGAGAGAGGUGUCUGUUUACUACCAUGCAAAUCACAGACAUCCUCAGAGACAAUCCAGCCAUAAUUGUGGAGGAUAUGAGUCAGGUGGAGUACAAGUUUCAGUAUGUCUUUUUCCGAAUGGGUGUUAAGCAGAGAGAGAUGAUCAAGUCUAGGUUGUUCCGUUUCUCCCUGGACGAGAUUCGCUCCCGGCACUGUUUUCUGGAGCGUCGAGGUUUGUAUCAAACCCCCGACAAGAAAGGCCAAACCACUACCGUCAACCCUAAACUGGACAGUAUCCUUUACGUUAACCAGGACAACUUCCUCACAGCAGUUGCCAUGGCGUCAGCAGAGGAGUAUGAAAUCUUCCAAAGACUUAUGGCAAGAGAAUGGCAGGAACAGGAGAAAGAGUAUGACAGUAUUGAAGCUGACAGUGAUGAAGAGGAGGAGGAGGAGGACGACGAAGAUGAUGAGGAGACUGGAGGCAAGCAUGGAUACAGAAAGUGGAGAAAGAAAUGAAUAAUAAAGACUAAGAGGACUGGAAAUUAUUUGAAGAGGCAAUUAAGUGAUUUGAGAAAAUGACAUCUGAUGAGAAAUGAAACAAUAAAAUCAUCCCUGUCA